AUGAUCUCCUUUCCAGCAGAGUCCGCUGGAGUUUUCAGGCGCUCCGGUGCCCUGAGGACUGAACGCGCACGAUUUGGGUUUAAUCGAUGUCCCUCCCUCUCGCCCCUAACAAGUUUACUGCCCGCAGGGCGCGCGUCACAGCGCCCAGUCCCUAAGAGUUCAGGACCUGGGGAGAGGAUCCGUCCACACACUCUGGCGCUCCUCUUCUCGAGGGGGCUAACGGAAAACAGCCUCUCAGGAACAAGGAGCUGUCCCUCGGGAUCAGUAGAAGCACCUGCCCGACUGUUCGCCCGGAGUAGCGGAAGUCAUCCUGGCGCUGUCCAGCGGGCUGCGGCUGAAAUCCUGGGAAUUAGCGAGGGGCCACCCUCAACGUGCUUUUCCUGCAGCUUUGUUCUUAAUCCGAUUGGUCAAUUCCACACCCGUUUCUUUGGAUCGAUCCAAAUGUUCUUCCUUGGGGUACUAGGCUUUGCAGUUUAUGGGAAUGAGGCCUUACACUUCAGUUGCAAUUCAGACAAAAGAGAAACAAAUCUCAUCUGUAACAAUCAGUUCAGGCCAAUCUCUCCACAAGUUAAGUAUUUUUUUGUUCUGGGCAUUACAACUAUGAUUGUCCUGGUUCCUGGAGGUAUUUUCCAUCUUUAUGCUGCAUGUCCUGCAUGUAAAAGCAUCAAUCAAGAAUGCAUUCUUCAAAAGCCUAUCUACACUGUAAUUUAUAUACUCUCUGUUUUAUUAAGAAUUAGUCUAGAGGCAACAGCAUUUUGGCUUCAGAUUCAUCUCUUUCGUUUCAAAGUAAAUCUCUACCUGUGUGAUGCUUGAUCUCUUGGGGAAAACAUGAUUAUAAGAUGCAUGGGUCCAGAACACUUUGAAAAAACCAUUUUUCUCAUUGCAAUGUACACAUUUACAGCACUUACAGUAGUAUUAUCUGUUGCUGAUAUUUUUGAGAUCAUAUUUAGAAGAUUAUACUUUCUAUUCAAACAAUGACCAAAGAAUCGAUUACCUACUGUCAUGCUACUGU